CCACAAGAGUUGAGAUUCCUCCGCUGACAUCAUCCUCUUCCUCUUCAAAUAUGUUUUAAAUUUCAACGCCAGGACCUCGGAACCCCAAUUUCCAAUGGGCAAUUGCUCGCCCAAGCCCAAGCGUCAAUCCCGAUCAUCCAAAACCCUAGUGGAUACCUCGCUGCCGCCGGCCCAACUCCACGGAUCGGAAUCCUCUCUAAUCGCGUGGCGUAUCCGCGUCGCACUUCUCUACAAACGUGUAGCCGUCGAAUUCGUCGAAUGCGGAGAUGACGAACCCUUCCUCCGGUGUGGAUCGGAGAUGGUGACUGGUUCGGAAGAAUCGCUGCUUCGAUACAUUGACAAUAGGUAUGGAGGGCCGCCGUCGGAGACGGUGACGGAAACAAAGGAGAGGGUAAUGGCGGCGGAAGUUAUAGUGGUUCAACAUCGAAGCAUUCAACAGCAUGUCGAGGGUAUGGCGCAGUGGGUGGCAAAGUUGAUGGCGGCAGGCGGCGAUGAAUGGAAAGAGAAAGCGGCGGAGGGGAGGCGUAUGGGGAAAUUGUACGGAGAGUUGGUGGAGAUAAUGCUAGAGCAUGCCCAAAUGGAGGAAAGGUUCAUUUUCCCGACUCUCGAAAGGACCGCAGACUACGAUGUCUGCAGAACGGCCAAUGAGCAGCAUGGAAGGCAUCUCCCGUUAAUGAACGGUAUUAAAGAAGAUCUAAAGUCACUCAUCGCAAUAGAUGUUGGUGGACCUUUGUAUAAAGAAGCUCUCCUCAACCUUUUCCUUCGCUUCAGAACUCUUCAGGAACACUGCAAGCAACAUUUCCAAGAGGAGGAGAGAGAGCUUCUGCCCUUGUUAGAAGCAGCAGAGAGCGUCAGGCGAAAGGAAGGGGAGGAGCCAUGGCCACCAAAUCGAUGGGUUCAGCAAAUUAUGGAUCUCAUGGAGCAAACUCAUUCUCGCUUAUUUACAUUCUUCGCGUCCGGCCUCUUCCCUAACGAGGCACUACGCUAUGUUGGCCUUGUUUCAGGUGGCGAUGACCAGCGGGCCAUUGCCAUGCUUCGCUCAAUCGCUAUCUCAAUCGACACCUGACCACUGAUUACAGCAUAAAGCUGUACCUCCACUCAUUUGUACACGCGAUCAUGUCAAGACCUUGACAAUUGUUGUUGUUGUGUCUUUUUUUUUUUUAAUUUUAUUUUUGAGUCUAUUAAGACAAAAUUCAUACAAAU